GGGAUGGGCCCGGGAGCCCGAGGUCGUAUUGGAGGGCCACCCCUGCAAUGUCCUUUUAUUCAUUCCUUGUUCUGUUAUUGUCCUGAUUCUGCCCCGCAAUCACUUUGUAUAUGUUUUGUACCUGUGUACAUGUUUCCUGUCCCCCAAUAGAAAGUAAGUUCCUUGAGGAUCAAAUGGGAUAAUGUAUGUAAAGCGUUAUGCGAACCCCAGAGCGAUAUACAAAUGCUAGAUACUGUUGUUACUUUGUAGAGCUGGUUUUGAAGUCUGGAAGACCAGGGGGCAAAUCACCACCUCUGUCCGUGUCAGUUUCCUCAAUAUUGACUAAAUGGAUGAAUGAAUGAAUGAAUGUAUACCCUUUGGAAGUCAUAAGUUUUCUGAGCCUCAGUUUCCUCAUCAGAAAAAUGAGAGGAAUGGAUUAAGUGAUCUUUAAGAUUUCUUCUAGUGAUAUAUCAUGUUAUCAUAAUGGCGUGUGAUUGACUCCCAGCUCUGACUUCAUAGGAUCAUAGAUCAAGAGCUCAAGAUUUAGAAGGGGACUCAGUUCCAGUCCUCUUCUUUUAAGUUGUAGAGGAGGAACUGAGUUUUAGACAAGUCCAGUGACUUUCCCAGUUCUACAUAAGUAUCUGAUGUAGGACUUGAAUCUAGAUCUUCCUGAUUCCAAAUCCAGCUGCUGCGUACUACCUCCAAGUUGUGAAGAAAGCCCUUUGAAAACAAUACUACUAUAAUUUGUUGACAGAGUCUGGGCUCUCCAUGGUAGAUUGGCACUUGAUAAAGGAGAUGAAACCACCCACAAGCCAAGAAGAAUGGGAAGCAGAAUUCCAAAAAUACCAGCAGUUUCCAGAAUUUAAAAUCUUGAACCAUAACAUGACCUUGGCAGAAUUCAAGUUUAUUUGGUACAUGGAGUAUUCACACCGAAUGUGGGGACGGAUUGUGGGCCUAGCAUAUAUCCUUCCCACUGUCUACUUUUGGAGAAAGGGCUGGCUGAACCAUGGCAUGAAAGGUCGUGUUCUUGCCCUCUGUGGCUUGGUCUGUUUCCAGGGACUGCUGGGAUGGUAUAUGGUGAAGAGUGGAUUAGAAGAAAAGCCAGAUUCUCAUGACAUCCCUCGGGUGAGCCAGUAUCGCCUGGCUGCUCACUUGGCCUCAGCCCUUGUCCUCUAUUGUGCCAGCUUGUGGACUGCACUCUCCCUUUUGCUUCCUCGAGACAAGUUGCCGGAAACCCGUCAGCUCCUGCAGUUGAGGCGAUUUGCUCAUGGGACGGCAGGCCUGGUUUUCCUUACAGCUCUUUCAGGGGCCUUUGUGGCAGGCCUGGAUGCCGGACUUGUAUACAACUCCUUCCCCAAGAUGGGAGAGCGAUGGAUCCCAGAGGAUCUCUUUACUUUUUCUCCAGUCCUUAGGAACGUCUUUGAGAAUCCAACCAUGGUGCAGUUUGAUCACCGAAUCCUGGGAAUCACUACAGUCACAGCCAUUACCGGGCUUUACUUCCUCUCCCGGAGAAUCCCCCUUCCUCGAAGGGCCAAAAUGGCUGUGGCAACAUUGCUGACUGUGGCCUAUGCACAGGUGGGCUUGGGCAUUAGUACUCUACUAAUGUAUGUUCCAACUCCUUUGGCUGCAAUUCACCAGUCAGGGUCCCUGGCUUUACUCAGUGUUGCCCUUUGGCUUAUGAAUGAACUGCGGCGAAUCCCAAAGUAAUGCUCAGGGCAGCUACUUUCUGGGCCAUGCCUAGACUUUUGAGAGCUCUGUAGGGGGCAUUGGGCUUCCACUCCUGAUAGAUUGAAGAAAUGAUGUGGGAGAUAGAUCAGAUGAUCAAGAUGGAGUUACUGGGCUGAGGAUUCUUUGUCAAAUGAAACAAAACUACUCUUUACCCCUAAGGUGAAUAGUUGUCACUUGCUUUUUAACAUGGUGUCUAAGAACCCUCCAGACUUUUAGGACUCUGAUUCUUUUGAUCCAGCAGUACCACUGCUAGGUCUGUGUCUCAGAGAGAUUUAAAAAAUAAAAAUAAGAGGAAAAGAACCUA